UUCCGUUCUUAUUUUAUUUAACAAAUUCUAAAAAAAAAUAAUUUAAAAGGGUUGAAAAUUUAGUUGUGAUAAGUGAUAACAUUUUUCUGAAUCGAACAGUUACAGUACAAUACGAUGCAAGAAAGCUUCACCAGAUUCACACUCCUUUGUUCUCAACCAAUGCAGUUAACAAAUUCUCCCCAAAUGAUCUGAAUUUUCAGCUUUUCCUUAAUCGAAUCUGUUUACAAAUUCGUAAUCAAACGCCAUGAAGCAAUUGCAAAGGCAAUCAGGAACACGAAGAGAUGAAGAUAUUCCCAUAUCCCAAACCUCACUUUACUCUCCUAAAGCCUUGAAACACCCCAAAUCCCUCUCCAGAUCCAUCAGUUAUCUCCUCAAAGAACAGCGCCUUCUGUUUAUUCUUGUGGGUAUUCUCAUUGGCUCCACCUUCUUCAUUCUCCAGCCUUCCCUCUACGACCUUUCAUCGGGAACUCACAAUCACCUGAUUGCCAGAUCGAAUUCAUUUGCUGGGAAUCGUGAGUCAAUUACUUACUAUGAUCACAAUGGGGUGAUGGAAACUAACAGUGUCGAGAAUAAGAAUAAUUAUAAGUACCAUAAUGGGGGGAGAGUGCCGGUGGGGAUAGGAAGGAAGCGGAAGAGGAUUGUGGUGACUGGCGGGGCCGGGUUCGUUGGCAGUCAUUUGGUGGAUAAGUUGAUUGCUAGAGGCGAUGAUGUGAUUGUCAUUGAUAAUUUUUUCACUGGAAGGAAAGAGAAUGUGGUGCAUUUGUUCGGGAAUCCGAGGUUCGAGCUGAUAAGGCAUGACGUUGUAGAGCCAAUUUUAUUGGAGGUCGAUCAGAUCUACCACUUGGCUUGCCCUGCUUCUCCGGUUCAUUACAAGUAUAACCCCGUCAAGAAUAUUAAGACAAAUGUGAUGGGUACCCUUAAUAUGUUGGGCCUUGCAAAAAGAAUUGGUGCGAGGUUCCUUCUUACUAGUACAAGUGAGGUUUAUGGUGAUCCUCUUGAGCAUCCACAGAAAGAGACGUACUGCGGACAUGUGAAUGCAAUUGGUGUACGGAGUUGCUAUGAUGAGGGGAAACGAACGGCUGAAACAUUGACUAUGGAUUAUCAUCGUGGUGCCGGUAUUGAGGUGCGCAUUGCACGUAUAUUUAACACAUAUGGACCUCGCAUGUGUCUAGAUGAUGGCCGUGUUGUCAGCAACUUCGUUUCACAGGUUAUACGUAAGCAACCUAUGACAGUGUAUGGUGAUGGAAAGCAAACAAGGAGCUUCCAAUAUGUUUCUGACUUGGUUGAUGGACUAGUGGCAUUGAUGGAAAACGAGCACGUGGGGCCAUUUAACUUGGGUAACCCGGGAGAAUUCACUAUGUUAGAGCUUGCAGAGGUUGUGAAAGAAACCAUUGAUCCAGGUGCAAAGAUUGAAUUCAAACCUAACACUGCCGACGAUCCUCAUAAGCGGAAGCCAGAUAUCAGUAAAGCAAAGGAGCUUCUGAACUGGGAGCCGAAGAUUUCCUUGCACAAGGGUUUGCCUCUCAUGGUCACUGAUUUUCAAAAUCGCAUCUUGAACGAAGAUGAAGGGAAGGGAAACAAAUAAGAACACGGCAUAAAUAACAUGUAUAGAAUGAGAACGUGUUGUGUAUGUUUUUUUUAUUCAUUUUUCAUAUUGCAUUGGUAUCUUUAUUUUUAUUUUUUUUUACUUCUUUGAAAUCUUAGAAAUAUGCCACCCCAUAACAAGUGGCUAUACCUUACCCACUGUAAGAACUGAUAAUUUGUCUUUAAUAUGAAUACGGUUUUGGGCAAGUAGUAUUAUGGUGUAUU